GGCUCCUGUUAUCUCAGUGCUCCUGAAAAAGAUAGCCAGCAGUGCUCUUAGAGACAAGUUCACCGAUGAUGAUUUUAUUGACCAGUUGAAUCACUGGGCUAGCACUGGCAUCCUUACUGCACUUGCUUUAGGUAUUGGAGCCAAGCAGUAUGUUGGAGACCCAAUACAUUGCUGGGUUCCAGCACAGUACAAGAAGAAACAUUACCAGAAAUAUUCAGACAGUUAUUGUUGGAUCCACCCCAUGUACAGUUUUUCUUUUGAUGAUGCCAUACCUGUUGAUCCUGCAGACAGGUGGUACAACGACAUCAGCUACUACCGAUGGGUCUUCAUCAUGUUCCUGCUUCAGGCAUUCCUCUUCAAGUUUCCCAAUAUGGUCUGGAAGAACCUAAAAAACUUGUCUGGCUUGAAUGUUUCAAAUCUGAUAGGCAUGGCCUGGGACACACACAUGCUGACACAGGAGAAGAGGGAUGAGAAGAUGGACCACAUGGCAAUCUUCAUUGACCAGUGGCUAAAGACGUACUCCCAAUACAAGUUCAGUGUACUGACUCGAUUCCGAGACAGGUUUUCGUACUUCAUGUUCUGUUUUGGUCGGCGUUCCGGGACGUACUUACGUGGGUUAUACAUGUUUGUCAAGAUGCUGUACUUCAUCAACAUAAUUGGCCAGUUUUUCUUACUUUCUGCAUUCCUUGAUUUGAAUUUUUGGACAUUUGGCUUAACUGCCUUGGCAACGUUGAGGAAACAAGGUAACUGGCAGGACCAGUACAACUUUCCAAGAAUUGGUCUGUGUGACUACAAGAUCAGACAGUUAGAGAAUGUGCAGACAUUUACUGUACAGUGUGUACUAUCCAUCAAUUUGUUUCUGGAAAAAAUGUAUUUGCUUCUGUGGUUCUGGUUUAUUGUCGUGCUAGUUUUUGAUUCCAUAAAUCUUUGCCAGUGGGUAUUUCGAGGAUUGCAGCCAAACAGUGGACAGAGCUUCCUUAAUAAAUAUUUUAUACUUCUUGAAAUUGAUCCAAAGAAAGAAAAGAAGCUUUUUGUCAAAUUUGUUCACAGUUAUCUUCGUCCAGAUGGUGUUUUUGUGCUACGAAUUAUGGCAGUUAACACAAGUGAAAUUCUUAUCCUUGAUCUUAUCAGACAUCUUUGGAAGCGAUUCAAAGAUAACUAUAGUGUCACAGAUGACCAAGAUGAUGUGGUUGCACCAAACGGAGGCUCUCCAGUAAGUCCUUCAGCUCCUGCUCUUGAAGAAAAUGAUUUUGGUUUGCCACCUAAAAAAGUUCAUUAG